AAACAAUAUGGCCGACGUUUACGAAAUGGACUGAAUAAGAACGACAGUACAAGGUUCUUCUCCAGAAACCCAGGUUUUAAAAACACCUCGUCAAUUUUUUAACUAUCAGUUUAACUAGCAGUAAUGAAAAGCGUUAAGCAAUUGUUAAGGGACCGUAAUGUUAAUGGCAGUAUUUCACUUAAGAUUAAUUUAUAUACGUCCUCGAACAACACCACGAGAAAGUGGAUUUGUCCUAAUAAAAUAUCGAAAAACCAAAACAAGCUGACCGAAAGUCUCACGGAAAAGCUGAAUUUUUUAACAAACCAGUUUGAUACAAUACUCGGUAUUUCCGAAGUUCGCAGCGCACAAAAUCACGUUGAAACAGCCGAAAAUGAGUUCAUGGACUGCAGAAGGAAGGUACAAAUGGUAAGAAAUGAGCUUCUUCGAGAACAGAACAAGCUGAGAUACAUCAGGAGUAAAUUAGAUCGUACCCCCCGGGAAGACGAACAAUAUCUACAGCUAGCGACUGAGGAACAUAAAGCUUUGGUCACCGAAAGGAAGGCAAAGUUUGAUUUGGAAAUCUUGGAACAUGCCGAAAGAGAUAAGUUUUCUGCGUUUUCCACUUCGGUGAGAUCAGCGCACGAGAAGGAAAGGAGUCGUGUCGAGAGAACUAAAUACUGGUCUAUUAUUGCUUCAGCUUGCGGAGCUGUAUUUGGCAUCCUGGGCUCCACCCUGCUCAACAUAAAACGAAUGAAGCAAAUACGUGUCACAAUCAAAGAAAAUAACGACGCUUUUAUUGCAAAGACUUUUGACGAGCUGAAAACGCUUUUCACGUCACAAAUUUUGGUCGACAUUCCAAGAAAAGAUUUGCAAGACAAAGAUCAAAGACAAUUAAUGGAAAUGCUCAAUGAAAACAGGAAAAUUUUGGCAACGAUUAAGGAGAAAAUGAAAAUACAUUUUACUCCGGAAUCAAGCUUGAACGUAAAGGAAAAUUCAAAUAUUUAUGAAGCAUAUCAACAACUUAGCCUAGAUGUCGACGACAUCUCCUGGUGGUCCAAAGUUGAUUUAAUUGCAACAGUUACUUGUACAGCGUGCAUUAUAAUAUAUAUGGUGUAUAAAUGAGGAUAAAUGAGUGUAUCUGGAUUUAUAAAACUGACUUACGAAAAAAGAUUCAUUACUCAAAAAAUAUACUGAACUGAAAGAGUCAAUAAUUAUAACUUAUUCUUUGGGCAUGGCAGACAUGAAAACGGAUUAACGAGGACACAGUCUACUUUGAUGGGUAAUUAUGACACAUGAUUAGGAAAAUAUCUGUCGAAUAAUAUGUAAAUAAACAUAGUGUGUGUUAUUAAUGAACGGUGAGGUAGGUCCGAAAAGUUUUAUGGUGGAAAUAAAUCAUAUUAACGAGCAUUUUGCAUAAAUUUUAAGUAAGAAUACCGAUGAAUUUGAAAA